AUGGACCGAUAUGCAUCGGAGACCGAUGACCAAGAACGACCAUUGUUGCUCAGUCGACAAGAUGAUAAAGUUGAAAGAGGUGAGUGCGUGCUGAAACAGCUGCUUGAAGCAAUCUGACUUUGUGCUCUCUAAAUAGCCGUCUAUAGGCCUUUUCACACUGCAUCGUUAAUCUUAGCCCCAGGCUAGACUGGCCCUGAAAUAGCUUAGCCAUUUGUUACCCCUGGGCUAAGGUUUAGCACUGGGCUAAUACACACUUUGAUUCCAAAGCCCUGGGCUAACGGACAAACACAUGCAACCAACAUUCUAUCUCUGACACGCAACCAAUGUUAUAAGCAAAGCAAUAAGACAUUUAUUAACACAUGACCUCUUGCCCUAGCAUUUGAUUUCCAACAGUGAUGGUUUGUAUAAACCUUGCUGACUGCCAGUCUGACAUCGUAAACAAUGUUUCACUUUUGAAAUUCGACCUCGCUCCUGUCAGAAUGAUGUGCAAGAACGAGACAACAACUUUUAUGAUCCAGGCGAAAUCAUUAAACAUUAUUAUAAUGGUUAUACCCAAUUAAAUGUCAAUAGAAAAGCUAUGAAAACAGACGAAAAUGGCGCGUUUGCUGCCCUUCCAGUUGAAGAGUUUGUAGCUUUACAAGUUGGCUAAGUGAGAAGACGUUUGCCAUCCUGCAUAGCAACCAUUUUUGUAAUUCAUAGCAACGAACGUUUUAGCAAGGAUGAAAGUAUUUAGUUUUUUUGUCCUCAGUUGGAAAUAGUUCUGCAUUUACUUAUCAAAAUAAUGUACAGAACGCAUUACAGUCAUCACGAGCAUAUGUAAAUUAAGUGACAGUGCAGCUUUUCUGAUUGGACAGUGAGCAUUCUAGGUGUUGUUCUUGCCCCAGUUUCACACUGGCUAUUUUGGCAUCAUAUUUCUGGGGCUAACCCCGAAAAGUCGGCACUAACGCUGCUCUGUAGUGAAUGAGCCUUAUGUACAUAGCAGCGGGAUGUAGGGGUGCUGAGGGUGCUGCAGCACCCCCUGAAAAAUCUGAUGUAUUUUAUUUUAUUAAAAACAAUAAUUUUUUCACAAGUAGCUCACACCCUUACAAAACAAAUUGCAGUCAGAGUGCAGUAUAACUGCAGUACACUGUAGUAUAACUGUAGUUAGAGUGCAGUAUAACUGCAGUAUGUUGAAAAUACUAGGUUCAAAAUGGAAAAUGUAAUGCAGUAAUUUUGCAUUAUAACUUUAGUUCAACUGCAGUUUAUCUGCAAUUACUGUGUCCAAAAUGCCACAGUUGACUGCAGUUACUGCACUUUUACUGCAGUUUCAAAACUGCUAUCUUUUUUGUAAGGGCAGGACCUUUACUACUCCCCCCCCACCCCCAAACUACUUCCCACUGCUAUGCUUCUAGCUAAUUUCAAAACAUUUACUUGGCUAAAUUCUGUGUGUAACAUUAGCUAACUAAUGCCUCUGUUGCUUGCAAACUGUCUAACCAUUUGUUGACAAAAAUCAGCUGAUGGAAAGAAAGCAUACCCAAAUACGAUUCAGGCCAUCUUAAACAAAAAAGGGAAUCUGUGCCACGUUCAGUUGUCGAACAUUGCAGAUAGAAAUGGCAAUAAUAAAAUGAUUCCUUGUUUAACAUGUUGUUUGUUCUACAUAAUAUAUUUUUAUCUGAACAUUCCAAAAUGGUGUGUCUUGCUGAACGCGCCCUAGGGGUAUAGUCACUUGGAAGCAAAUGGAACGAAACGGGGAGGGAACUAACUGAAUUGUUUUCGUUGCAAAAUGUUUUCCAUUUGCUACGGUUUGGACUAACGAUUGCACCCCAGGGAUGUAAUCAUUAGUCCAAAUUGUUGCAAACAGUUCCGAUUUGCAACGAAAACAACAGUUUCUAUUGGACAAAUUCAGGUACGUUCCUCCCUGUUUCAUUCAGUUUGCUUCUGUUUGGUUCCUAGUGAAUACACCCCAUGCUGGUGCUCGACUGAGGGACUUGAAAAUCCCCAAAACAUUCCUUACCCCAGGAUACUUCAAUAAUAGCUCAUGGACAUGGGCUGAUCUAACAAGUUACUAAACUAGAGUCCUACACAUACAUUCCACUUGAAUAAUAACAAAAUAAAGAGAAAUGAACAAAAAUAAAACAUUUGCUAGAAAGAUGAGAAAGAUACAGUGCAUUCGGAAAGUAUUCAGACCCCUUGACUUUUUCCACAUUUAGUUACUUUACAGCCUUAUUCUAAAAUUGAUUAAAUAGAAAAUGUCCCUCAUCAAUCUACACACAAUACCCCAUAAUGACAAAGUGAAAACAGGUUUUCAGAAAUGUUUGCACAGUUAUUUACAAAAUGUAAAACAGAAAUACAGUGGGGGGAAAAAGUAUUUAGUCAGCCACCAAUUGUGCAAGUUCUCCCACUUAAAAAGAUGAGAGAGGCCUGUAAUUUUCACCAUAGGUACACGUCAACUAUGACAGACAAAUUGAGAGAAGAAAUAUCCAGAAAAUCACAUUGAAGGAUUUUUUAUGAAUUUAUUUGCAAAUUAUGGUGGAAAAUAAGUAUUUGGUUACCUACAAACAAGCAAGAUUUCUGGCUCUCACAGACCUGUAACUUCUUCUUUAAGAGGCUCCUCUGUCCUCCACCCGUUACCUGUAUUAAUGGCACCUGUUUGAACUUGUUAUCAGUAUAAAAGACACCUGUCCACAACCUCAAACAGUCACACUCCAAACUCCACUAUGGCCAAGACCAAAGAGCUGUCAAAGGACACCAGAAACAAAAUUGUAGACCUGCACCAGGCUGGGAAGACUGAAUCUGCAAUAGGUAAGCAGCUUGGUUUGAAGAAAUCAACUGUGGGAGCAAUUAUUAGGAAAUGGAAGACAUACAAGACCACUGAUAAUCUCCCUCGAUCUGGGGCUCCACGCAAGAUCUCACCCCGUGGGGUCAAAAUGAUCACAAGAACGGUGAGCAAAAAUCCCAGAACCACACAGGGGGACCUAGUGAAUGACCUGCAGAGAGCUGGGACCAAAGUAACAAAGCCUACCAUCAGUAACACACUACGCCGCCAGGGACUCAAAUCCUGCAGUGCCAGACGUGUCCCCCUGCUUAAGCCAGUACAUGUCCAGGCCCGUCUGAAGUUUGCUAGAGUGCAUUUGGAUGAUCCAGAAGAGGAUUGGGAGAAUGGCAUAUGGUCAGAUGAAACCAAAAUAUAACUUUUGGGUAAAAACUCAACUCGUCGUGUUUGGAGGACAAAGAAUGCUGAGUUGCAUCCAAAGAACACCAUACCUACAUGCUUUGGGGCUGUUUUUCUGCAAAGGGACCAGGACGACUGAUCUGUGUAAAGGAAAGAAUGAAUGGGGCCAUGUAUCGUGACAUUUUGAGUGAAAACCUCUUUCCAUCAGCAAGGGCAUUGAAGAUGAAACGUGGCUGGGUCUUUCAGCAUGACAACGAUCCCAAACACACCGCCUGGGCAACGAAGGAGUGGCUUCGUAAGAAGCAUUUCAAGGUCCUGGAGUGGCCUAGCCAGUCUCCAGAUCUCAACCCCAUAGAAAAUCUUUGGAGGGAGUUGAAAGUCAGUGUUACCCAGCGACAGCCCCAAAACAUCACUGCUCUAGAGGAGAUCUGCAUGGAGGAAUGGGCCAAAAUACCAGCAACAGUGUGUGAAAACCUUGUGAAGACUUACAGAAAACGUUUGACCUGUGUCAUUGCCAACAAAGGGUAUAUAACAAAGUAUUGAGAAACUUUUGGUUAUUGACCAAAUACUUAUUUUCCACCAUAAUUUGCAAAUAUAUUCAUAAAAAAUCCUACAAUGUGAUUUUCUGGAUUUUCUUUUCUCAUUUUGUCUGUCAUAGUUGACGUGUACCUAUGAUGAAAAUUACAGGCCUCUCUCAUCUUUUUAAGUGGGAGAACUUGCACAAUUGGUGGCUGACUAAAUACUUUUUUCCCCCACUGUACCUAUUCAGACCCUUUGCAAUGAGACUCAAAAUGGAGCUCAGCUGCAUUGUGUUUCCAUUGAUCAUCCUUGAGAUGUUUCUACAACUUGAUUGGAGUCCACCUGUGGUAAAUUAAAUUGAUUGGACAUGAUUCGGAAAGGCACACACCUGUCUAUAUAAGGUCCCACAGUUGACAGUGCAUGCCAGAGCAAAGACCAAGCCAUGAGGGCGAAAGAGUUGUCCGUAGAGCUCCAAGACAGAAUUGUGUCGAGGCACAGAUCUGGGGAAGGGUACCAAAACAUUUAUGCAGCAUUGAAGGUCCCCAACAACACAGUGGCUUCCUUCAUUCUUAAAUGGAAGAAGUUUGGAACCACCAAGACUCUUCCUAGAGCUGGCCUCCCGGCAAAACUGAGAAAUCGGGGGAGAAGGGCCUUGGUCAGGGAGGUGACCAAGAACCCGAUGGUCACUCUGACAGAGCUCCAGAGUUCCUCUGUGGAAAUGGGAGAAACUUCCAGAAGGACAACUAUCUCUGCAGCACUCCACCAAUCAGGCCUUUAUGGUAGAGUGGCCAGACAGAAGCCACAGAAGGCACAUGACAGCCUGCUUGGAGUUUGCCAAAAGGCACCUAAACGACUCUCAGACAAUGAGAAAGAAGAUUCUGUGGUCUGAUGAAACCAAGAUUGAACUCUUUGGCCUGAAUGCCAAGUGUCACUUCAGGAGGAAACCUGGCACCAUACCUAUGGUGAAGCAUGGUGGUGGCAGCAUCAUGCUGUGGGGAUGUUUUUCAGCGGCAAGGACUGGUAGACUAGUCAGGAUAGAGGGAAAGAUGAACGGAGCAAAGUAGAGAGAGAUCCUUGAUGAAAACCUGCUCCAGAGCGCUCAGGACCUCAGACUGGGGCGAAGGCUCACCUUCCAACAGGACAACAACCGUAAGCACACAGCCAAAUCAACGCAUGAGUGCCUUCGGGACAAGUCUCUGAAUGUCCUUGAGUGGCCCAGCCAGAGCCCGGACUUGAACUCGAUCUAACAUCUCUGGAGAGACCUGAAAAUAGCUGGGCUGUGAUGCUCCCCAUCCAACCUGACAGAGCUUGAGAGAAUCUGCAGAGAGGAAUGGGAGAAACUCCCCAAAUACAGGUGUGCCAAGCUUGUAGCCUCAUACCUAAGAAGAUUUGAGGCUGUAAUCGCUGCCAAAAGGUGCUUCAACAAAGUACUGAGUAAAGGGUCUGAAUACUUAUGUAAAUAUAUAUAUAUAUAUAUAUAUAUAUAUAUACAUUUGCAAAAAUGUCUAAACCUGUUUUUGCUUUGUCAUUAUGGGGUAUUGUGUGUAGAUUGAUGAGGGGGAAAAAGCUAUUUAAUCAAUUUUAGAAUAAGGUUGUAACGUAACAGCAUGUGGAAAAGGUCAAGGGGUCUGAAUACUUUCCGAAUGCACUGUAGCUGUUCGUUAAGACCUUUUGGAUCGACUGAUUUACUUAUUUGAUCAGCCCAUUGACAUUUAUUAUUGGCAUGGCUAGUGGGACACUCCCCUGCGAGGCUACAUAGGUGCCUCACAACUUUUCUUACCCAAGGCUCUGAUGAAGUAGCCUGGGUGCUAGGUGAAGUUAGCAACGUGGCUGUAUUUUAUUUUAGCAAUGUGGGUGUACAAUGCCUUGCAAAAGUAUUCAUCCCCCUUGGCGUUUUUCCUAUUUUGUUGCAUUACAACCUGUAAUUUUAAAUGGAUUUUUAUUUGGAUUUCUUGUAAUGGACAUACACAAAAUAGUCCAAAUUGGUGAAGUGAAAUGAAAAAAAUAACUUGUUUAAAACAAAUUCUAAAAAAUAAAUAACGAAAAAGUGGUGCGUGCAUAUGUAUUCACCCCCUUUGCUAUGAAGCCCCUAAAUAAGAUCUGGUGCAACCAAUUACCUUCAGGAGUCACAUAAUUAGUUAAAUAAAGUCCACCUGUGUGCAAUCUAAGUGUCACAUGAUCUGUCACAUGAUCUCAGUAUAUAUACACCUGUUCUGAAAGUACAUUUUAGUCAUUUAGCAGACGCUCUUAUCCAGAGCGACUUACAGUUAGUGAGUGCAUACUUUUUUUUUUUUCUUCAUACUGGCCCCCCGUGGGAAACGAACCCACAACCCUGGCAUUGCAAACGCCGUGCUCUACCAACUGAGCUACACAGGCCCCAGAGUCUGCAACACCACUAAGCAAGGGGCACCACCAAGGAAGCGGCGCCAUGAAGACCAAAGAGCUCUCCCAAACAGGUAAGGGACAAAGUUGUGGAGAAGUACAGAUCGGGGUUGGGUUAUAAAAAAAUAUCUGAAACUUUGAACAUCCCACGGAGCACCAUUUAAAAUCCAUUAUAAAAAAAAUGGAAAGAAUAUGACACCACAACAAACCAUCCAAGAGAGGGCCGCCCACCAAAACUCACGGACAAGGCAAGGAGGGCAUUAAUCAGAGAGGCAACAAAGAGACCACAGAUAACCCUGAAGGAGCUGCAAAGCUCCACAGCGGAGAUUGGAGUAUCUGUCCAUAUGACCACUUUAAGCCGUACACUCCACAGAGCUGGACUUUACGGAAGAGUGGCCAGAAAAAAGCCAUUGCUUAAAGAAAAAAAAUAAGCAAACACGUUUGGUGAUCUCCAAAAGGCAUGUGGGAGACUCCCCAAACAUAUGGAAGAAGGUACUCUGGUCAGAUGAGACUAAAAUUGAGCUUUUUGGCCAUCAAGGAAACCGCUAUAUCUGGCGCAAACCCAACACCUCUCAUCACCCCAAGAACACCAUCCCCACAGUGAAGCAUGGUGGUGGCAGCAUCAUGCUGUGGGGAUGUUUUUCAUCGGGAGGGACUGGGAAACUGGUCAGAAUUGAAGGAAUGAUGGAUAGCGCUAAAUACAGGGAAAUUAUUGAGGGAAACCUGUUUCAGUCUUCCAGAUAUUUGAGACUGAGAUGGAGGUUCACCUUCCAGCAGGACAAUGACCCUAAGCAUACUGCUAAAGCAACACUCGAGUGGUUUAAGGGGAAACAUUUAAAUGUAUUAGAAUGGCCUAGUCAAAGCCCAGACCUCAAUCCAAUUCAGAAUCUGUGGUAUGACUUAAAUAUUGCUGUACACCCAUCCAACUUGAAGUAGCUGGAGCAGUUUUGGCUUGAAGAAUGGGCAAAAGUCCCGGUGGCUAGAUGUGCCAAGCUUAUAGAGACAUACCCCAAGACACUUGCAGCUGUAAUUGCUGCAAAAGGUGACUCUACAAAGUAUUGACUUUGGGGGGUUGAAUAGUUAUGCACGCUCCAGUUUUCUUUUCUUUUUUUCUUAUUUCUUGUUUGUUUCACAAUAAAACAUAUUUUGCAUCUUCAAAGUGGUAGGCAUGUUGUGUAAAUCAAAUGAUACAAACCCCCCCAAAAUCCAUUUUAAUUCCAGGUUGUAAGGCAACAAAAUAGGAAAAAUGCCAAGGGGGGUGAAUACUUUCGCAAGCCACUGUACCUUUUGUUGACAAAAAUCAGCUGAUGGAAAGAAAGCAUCACCAUCAGCUAGGGCUAGUUAAGAAACUUUAAAGUCAAAGUUCACUUCGAAAUCAAAGUUUGUCAGAUGUUUUCAUACCUUGGUCUUAUGCCAAGAUUAGUUCACGGUUCGUUCCACCUCAACAAACACAAGAAAGAGGAUUUCGACACCCGCCAUCUCAGAUUGUGCUGGAAUUGUUUCUGUCGUUAGAAACAGAUAAGAUUAGCAUUCCCGCAACAUUAUUUUGUUGAAAUAUAAUUUCACCUGUGAGAAGUGAAGGUAAUUGCACCCAAAUUGGCCAUUUUAUAGGAUUCAUAUAAUAUUCAAUAAAUAUAGUACCUAACAUUUGAUUUGGACCAAACUGUUUUUCUAACAAUAUGAAUUAGACUUGAGGAAUCCUAAUUAAUUGUCAAAAGCCACCCACAGACCCCCCACACCCCAUGCCAAUCCCACCCCAACAACGAGUAUAUAGUAUUAUGUUGAUCCUCUAUGAUCAACAUUAGGUGAAUGUGACAAUACAACAUCUUUAAUAAUAAUUGAUUCUUGUGAUAUUUUACUGUGCCUGGUCCAUUUCCAAUGGAUUAUGGCAUCUUACAACUCUCUGGUCUCCCCCCCACCCUCUCCUUCUAUCUCUCCUCUCCCUCAGCCCCUGCGUGCUGCUCGUCGAGGUACGGUCUGUCCCUGCUCUCCUGUUAUGGUUUCUUUGUGGCCUAUGCCCUUAGGGUCAACCUCAGCGUUGCCAUGGUUGACAUGCUUAACAACACAGACGCCAGCGGCAACACCAGCACAUCAGUGUGUCCUGCACACUCCAGCCCUGCUCGCCCCAAGCACAACCACACUGUGAGUACCACCAGCCCUGCUUGCCCCAAACACCACACUGUGAGUACCACCACCCCAGCCCUGCUCAACCCAAACACAACCACACUGUGAGCACCCCAGCCCUGCUCACCCCAAACACAACCACACUGUGAGUCCCACCACCCCUACUCGCACUAAACACAACCACAUUGUGAGUAAUAAUGUAAUACUGCAACCACUAUGACUGCACACAUUACACAACCUCACUGUGACUGUAACGCUUAAUCACAACACCACAUGAUGGCCCUCCUGUAGCUCAGUUGGUAGAGCAUGGCGCUUGCAACGCAAGGGUUGUGGGUUCGAUUCCCAUGGGGGGCCAGUAUGAAAAAUGUAUGCACUCACUAAUUGGAAGUUGCUCUGGAUAAGAGCGUCUGCUAAAUGACUAAAAUGAGCAUACAUAACUGUUGACUCUCCUGUUUGCUCUUGUCAGACGUAAGGAUUAUCUGUGUGUUUGUGUGUGUCUGGUAGGCCAGUGUGUACAACUGGGACACUGAGACCCAGGGCUGGAUCCUGGGCUCCUUCUUCUAUGGCUACAUCCUGACUCAGAUCCCAGGGGGCUACCUGGCACUCAAGUAUGGGGCCAAAUGGCUGCUGGGCCUAGGAAUCCUGGGAACUGUAGUCUUCACCCUCCUCACCCCCGUGGCUGCCGACAUGGGCGCAGGCUACCUCAUCGUUGUCAGAGUGCUAGAGGGCAUCGGAGAGGUAUUGUGUUUGUACACGCAAGACUGCUAUAAGCUCUGUUAAGUACUCAUGAGAACCUCUAAUUACAUAUAUAUGUUUUAAAGUAGUUCCUUUGCAAUGUUAAUCGGAUUACUUCUCAGUGUGUCCUGAGUCUGUGUCCAGUCGUAACCAGGGAUAUUUUUGUGUUUGUCAACAGGGAGUGACGUUUCCAGCCAUGCACGCCAUGUGGGCAUCUUGGGCCCCACCAAUGGAGAGGAGCCGAUUGCUCACCAUCGCUUACACUGGUAUUGCACACCUACCCCACCCUGCACACACAACAUUUCUUAUUCUGGGGACUCACUCAUGUUUACAUGUGUACCAUAUUAUCUUUCUUAAAGCUACAAUAUAUAACUUUUUGGGCGACCUGACCAAAUUGACAUAGAAAUGUGAGUUAUAGAUCUGUCAUUCUCAUUGAAAGCAAGUCUAAGUAGCGGUAGAGCUGUUAUAUGUGCGCUAUUUUGAUGCUUCCCGUGCUUAAGUUUAAUUUUACUUUUACUUUAGGUUUUGUACACCAGCUUCAAACAGCUGAAAAUACAAUAUUGUUGGUUAAUGAAAAUAUAUUUCACAGUGGUUUAGAUGGUACAAUGAUUCUCUACAGUGCUUGUUUUGUCACAUAAACUGAAAUUAGGCGAACUGUGAGGUGAUUUUCUUCACAAGGCAACUUAAUAAAAAACUCCUCUCUCCAGGUGCUCAGCUGGGUACCGUGGUCGCCCUUCCCCUGUCUGGUCAGAUCUGCUUCUACCUCGACUGGACCUGGGUCUUUUAUAUAUUUGGUAAGGCCGGCAGAGGGUUUGAAACAGAGAAGAUGUGAAACUGGGCGUUUCAGCAUUUGAACCAUUUCACACACACAGGUUUUCCGUAGUGUCAUCUUUGUGCAGUUUUGUCUGGAGAGACAGUUUUUUCUUUGCUCAUGCAAUGCAAUGAAUACAGACACUAUUUCCUUAAUGCAUUCCUUUUUUAGGGAACAUAAAGUGGAAAACAGUUAGUGGGAAAUAUAAUUGGGGGGAAUUUAAGUGCAUGUCACAAGCAAAGCUUGUGCGCAUGUCCGUGUGUGUCUGUUUACAUUUUAGUCAUUUAGCAGACGCUCUUAUCCAGAGAAACGUACAGGUAGUGCAUUAUUGACCAUUAGUGCAUUAUUUGACUGUGUCUGUGUGUGUGUUUAGGUAUUGUGGGGAUUGUGUGGUUCAUCCUGUGGGCGCUCCUUGUCAGUAACACUCCCAGCACACAUCCGCGGAUCUCAGAACAGGAGAGACUCUACAUCACUUCUACCCUGAAUAAGGAGGUAUGUUGCAAAAGCAGCUGGGAAUUGUAGUGUCUGAACUUUAUCUCUAAGGCCCAAUCUCUUUGUAAACAGACUAUGGUUGUGUCAGGCUCAUGAACAUUAAGUACAUAAAUGUAGAAUACAGUGGUCAUAUACGCGGUGAAGUUACACUACCAGUCAAAUGUUUGGACACCUACUCAUUCAAGUGUUUUUCUUCAUUUUUUUACAAUUUUUUACAUUGUAGAAUAAUAAUGAAGAAAUCAAAACUAUGGAAUCAUGUAGUGACCAAAAGUGUUAAACAAAUCAAAAUGUAUUUUAUAUUUGAGAUUCUUCAAAUAGCCACCCUUUGCCUUGAUGACAGCUUUACCAGCUUCAUGAGGUAGACACCUGGAAUGCAUUUAAAUUAACAGGUGUGCCUUCUUAAAAGUUAAUUUGUGAAAAAAAAAUCUUUUUUAAUGUGUUUGAGCCAAUCAGUUACAUUUACAUUUUUACAUUUUAGUGAUUUAGCAGACGCUCUUAUCCAGAGCGACUUACAGUUAGUGGUUGCAUACAUUUUCAUACUGGUUGUGUUGUGACAAGGUAGGGGGGGUAUACAGAAGAUAGCCCUAUUUGGUAAAAGACCAAGUCCAUAUUAUGGCAAGAACAGCUCAAAUAAGCAAAGAGAAAAUGCAGUCCAUCAUUACUUUAAGACAUGAGGGUCAGUCAAUACUGAAAAUCGGAAGAACUUUGUACGUUUCUUCAAGUGCAGUCGCAAAAAUCAUCAAGCGCUAUGAUGAAACUGGCUCUCAUGAGGACCACCAUAGGAAUGGAAGACCCAGAGUUACCUCUGCUGCAGAGGAUAAGUUCAUUAGUUACCAGCCUCAGAAAUUGCAGCCCAAAUAAAUGCUUAACAGAGUUCAAGUCACAGACACAUCUCAACAUCAACUUUUCAGAGGGGACUGUGUGAAUCUGGCGUUCAUUUACAUUUUACAUUACAUUUUAGUCAUUUAGCAGACGCUCUUAUCCAGAGCGACUUACAGUUAGUGAAUACAUAUUUUAUUUAUUUUUUAUACUGGCCCCCCGUGGGAAUCGAACCCACAACCCUGGCGUUGCAAACGCCAUGCUCUUCAUGAUCGAAUUGCUGCAAAGAAACCACUACUAAAGGACACCAAUAAGAAGAAGAGACCUGCUUGGACCAAGAAACACGAGCAAUGGACAUUAGACCGUUGGAAAUAUGUCCUUUGGUCUGGAGUCCAAAUUGGUGAUUUUUGGUUCCAACCGCCGUGUCUUUGUGAGACACGUUGUGGGUGAACGGAUGAUCUCACCGUAAAGCAUGGAGGAGGAGGUGUUAUGGUGUGGGGGUGUUUUGCUGAUUACACUGUCUGUGAUUUAUUUAGAAUUCAAGGCACACUUAACCAGCAUGGCUACCACAGCAGGACAGUGAUAGUGGGACUAUAAUUUGUUUUUCAACAGGACAAUUACCCAACACACUUCCAGGCUGUGUAAGGGCAAUUUUACCAAGAAGGAGAGUGAUGGAGUGCUGCAUCAGAUGACCUGGCUUCCACAGUCCCCCGACCUCAAACCAAUUGAGAUGGUUUGGGAUGAGUCGGACGGCAGAGUGAAGGAAAAGCAGCCAGCAAGUGCUCAGCAUAUGUGGGAACUCCUUCAAGGCUGUUGGAAAAGCAUUCCAGGUGAAGCUGGUUGAGAGAAUGCCAAGAGUGUGCAAAGCUGUCAUCACGGCAAAGGGUGGCUAUUUGAAGAAUCUAAAAUAUAUUUUAAUUUGUUUAACACUUUUUGGGUUACUACAUGAUUCCAUAUGUGUUAUUUCAUAGUUUUGAUGUCUUCACUAUUAUUCUACAAUGUAGAAAUAAUACAAAUAAAGAAAAACCUGUGAAUGAGUAGGUGUGUCCAAACUUUUGACUGGUCAUGUAUGUACAGCAAUUUUGUAUUUAUUUUUGUCCUCCGUACAGUACCAGUGUAAACUGGCACACUAUUUGGUGCUACAACAAUCUCAACAGGAGGAACUAACUUUUUAUGAACACUGUUACAGUGGGGGAAAAAAGUAUUUAGUCAGCCACCAAUUGUGCAAGUUCUCCCACUUAAAAAGAUGAGAGAGGCCUGUAAUUUUCAUCAUAGGUACACGUCAACUAUGACAGACAAAAUGAGGAGAAAAAUCCAGAAAAUCACAUUGUAGGAUUUUUAAUGAAUUUAUUUGCAAAUUAUGGUGGAAAAUAAGUAUUUGGUCAAUAACAAAAGUUUCUCAAUACUUUGUUAUAUACGCUUUGUUGGCAAUGACACAGGUCAAACGUUUUCUGUAAGUCUUCACAAGGUUUUCACACACUGUUGCUGGUAUUUUGGCACAUUCCUCCAUGCAGAUCUCCUCUAGAGCAGUGAUGUUUUGGGGCUGUCGCUGGGCAACACGGACUUUCACUCCAGGACCUUGAAAUGCUUCUUACGAAGCCACUCCUUCGUUGCCCGGGCGGUGUGUUUGAGAUCAUUGUCAUGCUGAAAGACCCAGCCACGUUUCAUCUUCAGUGGCCUUGCUGAUGGAAGGAGGUUUUCACUCAAAAUCUCACGAUACAUGGCCCCAUUCAUUCUUUCCUUUACACGGAUCAGUCAUCCUGGUCCCUUUGCAGAAAAACAGCCCCAAAGCAUGAUGUUUCCACCCCCAUGCUUCACAGUAGGUAUGGUGUUCUUUGGAUGCAACUCAGCAUUCUUUGUCCUCCAAACACGACGAGUUGAGUUUUUACCAAAAAGUUAUAUUUUGGUUUCAUCUGACCAUAUGACAUUCUCCCAAUCCUCUUCUGGAUCAUCCAAAUGCACUCUAGGAAACUUCAAACGGGCCUGGACAUGUACUGGCUUAAGCAGGGGGACACGUCUGGCACUGCAGGAUUUGAGUCCCUGGCGGCAUAGUGUGUUACUGAUGGUAGGCUUUGUUACUUUGGUCCCAGCUCUCUGCAGGUCAUUCACUAGGUCCCCCCGUGUGGUCCUGGGAUUUUUGCUCACCGUUCUUGUGAUCAUUUUGACCCCACGGGGUGAGAUCUUGCGUGGAGCCCCAGAUCGAGGGAGAUUAUCAGUGGUCUUGUAUGUCUUCCAUUUCUUAAUAAUUGCUCCCACAGUUGAUUUCUUCAAACCAAGCUGCUUACCUAUUGCAGAUUCAGUCUUCCCAGCCUGGUGCAGGUCUACAAUUUUGUUUCUGGUGUCCUUUGACAGCUCUUUGGUCUUGGCCAUAGUGGAGUUUGGAGUGUGACUGUUUGAGGUUGUGGACAGGUGUCUUUUUAUACUGAUAACAAGUUCAAACAGGUGCCAUUAAUACAGGUAACGAGUGGAGGACAGAGGAGCCUCUUAAAGAAGAAGUUACAGGUCUGUGAGAGCCAGAAAUCUUGCUUGUUUGUAGGUGACCAAAUACUUAUUUUCCACCAUAAUUUGCAAAUAAAUUCAUUCAAAAUCCUACAAUGUGAUUUUAUGGAUUUUUUUUUUCUCAAUUUGUCUGUCAUAGUUGACGUGUACCUAUGAUGAAAAUUACAGGCCUCUCUCAUCUUUUUAAGUGGGAGAACUUGCACAAUUGGUGGCUGACUAAAUACUUUUUUCCCCCACUGUAUAUGCAACCUGUUAUAUGCAAGCCUUUUACUGCGAUCACAUAACUUGUAUUAUAUUUUUACUUCACAUUUGUUGUACAACACUUGGCAGACAUUGAGACAUUGAAAAAAAAAGUGUUUCUAGCCAAACAUCCACAAAGCGCUUUUCUCAGCCACACUCAAAUAAGCCUGUGAUAAAAGUGAUAUUUCACAUGUGCAAGUCUAGUGGUAUUUUAAGAUGGCCAUCUUUGAUAUUCUCUUUUUCAGAUGUCGCCGACGGGGGACCACAUCCCCUGGGGGUCCAUCUUGAAGUCCAUGCCGCUGUGGGCCAUAGUGGUGGCUCACUUCUCCUACAACUGGACCUUCUACACACUACUCACUCUGCUGCCCACAUACAUGAAUGAUGUAUUGGGCUUCAGUAUCAAAGAGGUGAGUUUAUAUGCUUGUUCUGGUCACACACCCACCCACACAGUCUCUGUCAUUAACCCAGUGUUGUUUGUUGUAUGUGGUCCCCUGUUAGAACGGUGCCCUGUCGGCUCUGCCCUACAUCGGCUGUGUGCUGCUGGCUGUGCUGGGGGGCCAGCUAGCUGACUACCUGAGGGAGAACUUCUACCGCACUGUGGUCGUCAGGAAGGCCUUCAGUCUCAUAGGUGAGGAGCAGCAUUAUAAGGGGAUAGAGAGAGACACUCACAGAUGAGCACACAUACACACUCACCCACACAUACAUUCAUGCUCACACAAGACAUGCUCACAAUCCACAAAUUCAAACACGUUCAAAUACCAACACUGUCUCUAUCUUCUAGCUGUAUCUCACUUUACCUCUACCUCUAUAUUUGGAUAAAUCUAGUACAUCCAUGUAUCCUAUGUUUACCAUAUUCGGUGGGUGUAUGUAGGUAUGAUUGGGCCGGCGGUGUUCAUCGUGGCUGCUGGAUAUACAGGCUGUAACUACAUCCUGGCAGUUGCCUUCCUCACAAUCUCUUCCUCCCUGGGAGGAUUCGUAGCCUCCGGCUUCAACAUCAAUCACCUCGACAUUGCCCCCCCGUAAGAUACUGCUCAUCACUAUUGAUACUGUUACUAUGGUAGCACUUAAUUUUUAGAGAGAGAAAUGACCAGGAAUGUACUUAGAAAUAGCAUAGUAAAAUGGUUAUAACAGAGUAAUAGCCAUUGAAUUAUUGUCUUGUUGUGAGAUGUGUGUAAUUGUCUAAAAUCUGUGUGAAUGUUCCUUUUCCCUUUUAGCUAUGCUGGAAUUUUGUUGGGAAUCACCAACUCCUUUGCCACGAUACCUGGUAUGGUGGGACCAGUCAUAGCAAGAGCCCUGACCAAACAUGUAAGAAUCUGUUUUUAUCACGUAUAUCUGUUUUCAUUUAAUAUCUUUCAGAUAAUGAAAGUACAGUAUCAUAAAACACUUUUCAAAACUCAUGAUUGUUGUAAGUGUAGCAAAGUUAAAUUUAAGACAUGAUGGGCUCAGGAUGCAGGUAAAAGUUGCCAGCCUGGUCUCAUAGACUAGACGUAACAUAGUAAAUGUAAAUCCAUGACACUCAAAUUAGUAUGAUAUGUUGCGUUUGGUAUGGUUACAUAAGACAGAUGGUUACUUAAGGCAAAAACGAAAGUAGGGUGGUUGGUCGGGGUGGAUGGCAGGUUGCGAGUUCGAAUGUCCUCACAGACAUCUUUGGCAUUUUAGCAAAUUAGCAACUUUUCAAAUAUUUACCAAUGUUUAGCUACUUUACAACUACUUAGCAUGUUAGCUAACCCUUCCCCUAACCUCAGGGCCUAAAAUUAACACCCGCCACCUGCCAAAUGUGGGUAGAUUUUGGCAUUGGCGGGUAAAAUGUCUAUUGGCGUGUGGUCAGGGCUCCACAGUGCGAGCAUUUCACUCGCAUUUGUGAAUAAAAAUAGUCAAGUAUGAUCACAUUUAUAGUAAAAGGUAUUUCUGCCGUUUUGUUUCAUAGUUGGUAAAUUAAUCUCACAAAGUCAAAGAUGUACAAAUCCUUUAUAGCCUAUUCCACCUCGCGCUGCAACACUGCCUGGCUGUUGGCUGUGCGCACAUGAAGAGCUGAGUGAAAGAUUCAUUUUUAGAAGCGCUGCGCACAGGCAUAAAAGUUGGUCUAAUUUACUUGAAACUAAUUUCUUCUGAAGUGAGACUUUGUCCUUGUGUUUCUUGGCUAUUUACAUUGUUUUGUUUACAAGCUAGGUUUUUUUCUAUGUUUGAGUUUCAACUGCUAGGGAAGAGAAGACAACGCUUCUACUAGUCAGACUCAAUCUCACAGGCACAAACAUAACUCGAGUCACGCUACCACGGUAACCUCCCGCCAGUAAAAGGGGCAGGUGAAAAUGUUUGUCUCAUCUGUGAUAUUUUGCUUAAAAGACUCGGGUCACAAAAAAAAGAAAUUAACAAUAUACUGUACCACAUUACUUCUUACUAGUAAAACAUUGUAUUGUUUUCUAAACAUUACAAAGUAUGCUCAUCCGUUUUUUUGGUGUUUUGUUGGUGUAAUUUUAGCAGAUUUUAAUUUAUUUUAUUUUAUUUUAUUUGGGCUGGUAAAAAAUCUGAGUGGCUGGUAGAUUUUUUUAUAUCUACCUGCCACAGUGGCUGGUGGACCAAAAAGUAAAUGUUAUGCCCUCCCUAACCUUAACCCUUUUACCUAACUUCUAAACAUACCCCUAAUCCUUAGCCGAGCUAAUGUUAGCCAGCUAGCUAAUGUUAGCCAGCUAGCUAAUGUUAGCCACCUAGCUAGAAUUUGUAACAUAUAUGAAACGUUUUGCAAAUUCGUAACAUAUGAUACGAAUUGAAAUUCGUAACAUAUCAUUCGAAAUGGGUGAUGGACAUCCAUACUAAAUGGAGUUCUCAGAUUUAUGUACAGAAUAAUACAAAAUGCUCUGAGACCAGGGUGAAGUUUCUAGUUAUCCCAUAUCUAGGAUCAGAUCAGAUACCCUCAUCAAAUCCUUAACUAGUAUUAUGGGGAACAAGGCAACACUGACCUUAGACCAGUGUUUAGGUAGGAGCAACUUCAACCUACUUCAUUGGGCUCACAGAUGCCUCUGCUUCCUAUUGUAGAACACUAUAGAGGAAUGGCAGUCAGUGUUCUACAUCUCUGCUGGGAUCAACCUGUUCGGAGCAGCUUUCUAUACUGUGUUUGGCCGAGGCGAGAUUCAACCCUGGGUGUCCACAAUCCCCAUACCCAAGGCAGCUGAGGGGGACAAAGCGUGA